CGUCCCGUUCGCGUCCACCAACCUUUCUGCUGACGCAGUGGGUGGGACUUGCGUCAAAGCACGUCUCUCCUUGAACUUAAAUCCUCGACUUUCUGAUUAGAGUUUUUGAGUACACUGGUCAAUGAACUACCUGGACAGAGUACAAUCUCGCCUAACCGUAUAAAUACACGCAUGUCGGGCUGUCGAAGUCACUGAACCGCUGAGAAUAUCGGAAGUUUUAGAACCUUUUUAAACACAUCACACUGAGCACAAACUUUACUUUUACUUCAUAUUAGGCGAAUGCGAUACUGGUUUAUAUUACACACAGGCACGACACAUCUGACAGUGUGAAGAAAUAGCGAAUUCAUCUGCAAGAGGGAACGCAGAUAAAAUGCAAGCUUUGAGACACUGCGGGUUGUGCAUGUCCAGGGGCGGAUCUCUAAGCCGGACCGACUUCCUCCUCAGCGACGGAAACAUGGCAGCGAUUCGUCGCGUAGCUGUUUGCUUAAAUUUACUCCGGGGCACUGCCAGUACCUCCUGCAGUAACAGAACACCGGUGAAGCAGCUCGUUCGCGCGGCCGCAGGUGCGCGGGGUGGCGUCGUGUCGCUCGGCGCAGGCGCGGGCGCGGGACUGUGCGCCCUGCCUUACGCUCAGCAAGUGGAAAACCUCUCACAUGAAUCUCUGGUUCGACGGGCAUCAUGCCUGGUCACAGACAGCGCCAGCACGUACCUUUCUCAGACCACCCUGGCCCUGGUGGAGGCUCUCACCCUGUACACAAAAGCUCUACACACCCUCAUUGCUCUUCAGAAACGCUAUUUGAACUCAAUUGGAAAACUCACGCCUGCUGAAGAAGACAGCAUUUGGCAAGUGAUCAUUGGCCAGCGAGUAGAGGUUGGUGACAGGCUGGAUGAAUGCAAGCGCUUUGAGUCGAAUUGGAUGAAUGCCAUCAGUAUUUGUGAGCUGUCAGCAGAAGCAGCCUACAGAUCAGGAGCUGAACAUGCAUCCAUUGCGUUAAAGACCAGCCUACAGGUGGCGCAGUCUAAGUUGGAGGAGAUGCGUGGACUCCGGGUGGCUGCUGAGAAGAGUCUGGCUGAAACUAAAGCAGACGAGAUACAGAGAAUGGCUGAGUACUCCUCCAGCCUGAAGAUGAAUGACCUGGAGGACCUUCCUGAAGCCUAUCUCCGCGAGGACUAAGAGAACUCGCAAGCAAAAAGAAAAGACUUCUCAGACUUUAAACGGCCUUGUGCAGAGCUUCACACAGCCAGCAAGCUGUCUGGUAUCUUAGGAAACCAGAGUGUGAACAGUUGGAGCCAACUCUGUGGCACCGGUUCAAAUGUAAGGAGCGAGAGAGAGAACAGUAUUUAUUGAACAUAAUUUCAAGAUGGGUGUAGGGAGAUAUACUUGCAGUAUUUUUUCUUUCUGUACGGUUUAGUUUGUGUCACUGGAGAAAUGGUACUUUAUGCUCACUGUUCUAACUGAAAAUUUCAAAAUUUGAAAUUUGUAAAAAAGUUUCAAAAUGUAAAGAAUGUAAUUGAGUCAAAAAAAAGUAAUGCAUUUCUUCUGUCCUUUUGUAAAGGGAUGUAGGUGCUGUCUGCAAAAAAAAAAAAUUAUCAAA